AUGACCAGAGGACGUACCGUGCCCAACCUCGUGGGCCAAACGAUCGACGCCGGGUGUCUGGCCGUCACUCGAGUGCUCGGUGCGGGCUCAAAUGGGGUCGUCUUCCUCGCAGAAGACACCGCGUCUCCGUCGACGCACACACUCUACUACGCCGUCAAGUGUAUGCCCAAGGCCCUGUUCGGCACGAGGAGAUACCAGAAUCAGCGCCAGGAGAUCCAGAACCAUAUGGUGGCAUCCACCAUCCCAAACGUCGUCACUUUGCACCGCGUCAUCGAGGAUCAUCGGUUUUACUACCUAGGCGGCGUUGCCCGUGGCGACCACGCCCACAUCAAGAGGAUCAUGGUCCAAAUCAUCGACGCGGUGCAAGCUUGCCACCACAUCGGUGUCUUUCAUCGAGAUAUCAAACCGGAGAACAUCAUGAUCAGCACGGACGGAACUCGGGUCUACCUGAGCGAUUUCGGGUUGUCGACGACGCAGAGGUAUAGCACCACAUUCGGCUGUGGAAGCCAAUACUACAUGAGCCCAGAAUGCCUGGGCAAACUCGGUAUCGAUCCGGCGUAUUCCACGCGCACCAACGAUGUGUGGGCGCUGGGCAUCAUUCUCACCGCCAUGAUCACCGGACAUAAUCCAUGGCAUAAGGCGUCGUACUUCGACGAUUGUUACCGCGCCUACAUAGAAGACCCCAUGUGCACGACAUCUUGA